CCUCUCAGCUGUUGUAGUCUUAUGUGUUGUUGUCCAUGGUUUCAGGCAGGCUCUUGAGUGGCCCUCCUGUUUUUCCGCAUGUCAAGGGCAGCUGACUACAAGCUGAACAAAAGUGAUGCCCCGGGCUAUGAGCAUUUUACAUCUACUCUUCUCUGUAUGUUGGUUAGCUAAGUAUUUGUUCAGUCAUGUUUAGAAAGUUAUUUUCCUUCUGUUCGGUCAAAGUGGAAUGGGAUGUUUUCAGGUAAGGAAUGUGUGUUUGUUUUUAAUGGCUGAGACUAUUUGGACUUAUGAAUUUCAACAUCUUGGCAUUGAUCUUUAUGCUCAUGAUAGGCUAUAUUUUGGUUGUUCAUAUUCAUAAUACAAUAUAGCCUUGUCUUGUCUAAAUGUCUGGUCUCUUUAGAUCUCUUGAGGACUAAUUGUUUUUGGACAAAGUUUUUCAUUAGAAUAUUAAUUUUAUUUUCCUGCUCUUCAUUUUCAUGUUUUGUUUGAAGUUGGCGCGCAACUAGAGAUGAAAGCCCGGUGAUUCUAAUUUGACCUCAUGUGGGGCGGCAGGUAGCCUAGUGGUUAGAACGUUGGACUAGUAACGGAGAGUUUGCAAGAUCGAAUCUCCGAGCUGACAAGAUUCAGAGGGUCUAAGAUGGACACUGUGAUCCGCCGAUGCCCCUUCCUGACAAUGGUGCCCCGGGUGUUCCUGCAGCUGGCAGGGAAGUCAUCCCUGGUUGGCUAUGCCCUGAAGUGCCCUGUGAUGAUGGACCUGGCCUCACGCCCUCUGGCCAGAGCUCUCUCCUCUUCGGUCUCAGUGUCCACACCAACAAACGAUGAGUCAGAGAGGGGGUCCAGCUGCCCCCGGGCCACCCCAUGCCUCUUGCUGGCCAGCCUGUGGGCUCCAAAUGCCCCUUCCUGGCGGCUGAGAUGGUGCAGAAGAACACCAGCGUGGUGAGGGAGGCCUGCAUCGAGCUGUCAGAGGAUGUACAGGACAGGAGCACCGUCCACACAGAGAAGUCCCAAUUGGAUCCCACUGUGGUGGACCUGAUCAACGCUGACAGGGCUGACCUAGGCACCCUGAAAAACAUGCUGAAACAGCACACCCCCAAGGUUUCUCACUUACUGCAAGACAACCUACCCAAAGCAUCUGCCAACUUCCACUACGAUAAGUUCUUUGAGAAGAAGAUCGAUGCCAGGAAGAAGGAUCACAGCUACCGGGUGUUUAAGACCGUGAACCGGCGCGCCACGUCCUUUCCCAUGGCAGACGACUACUCUGAGUCGCUCCUCAUCAAGAGAGACGUUUCUGUGUGGUGCAGCAACGACUACCUGGGCAUGAGCCGACACCCCCGCGUCAACCAAGCCAUCAUGGAUACAUUACAGAAGCACGGGGCAGGAGCUGGAGGAACACGGAACAUCUCAGGGACCAGUAAGUUCCAUGUGGACCUGGAGUACGAGCUGGCCAACCUGCAUGGCAAAGACGCUGCGCUGCUCUUCACUUCAUGCUUCGUGGCCAAUGACUCCACGCUAUUCACUCUGGCUAAGAUUCUCCCAGGUUGUGAGAUCUACUCCGAUGCAGGGAACCAUGCAUCGAUGAUCCAGGGUAUAAGGAACAGUGGGGCCAAGAAGUUCAUCUUCCGUCACAACGAUGUCAACCAUUUACGAGAGCUGCUGCAGAAGUCUGACCCUGCCACCCCCAAGAUUGUGGCCUUUGAGACUGUGCACUCCAUGGAUGGCGCUGUGUGUCCUCUGGAUGAGAUGUGUGACGUGUCCCAUGAGUUUGGGGCCAUUACGUUUGUGGACGAGGUACAUGCUGUUGGCUUGUAUGGGGCCAGGGGAGGCGGCAUCGGCGACAGGGACGGCGUCAUGCACAAAAUGGACAUAAUCUCAGGAACUCUCGGUAAGGCAUUUGGCUGUGUGGGCGGCUACAUCGCUGGUACCAACGCCCUGGUGGACACGGUGCGCUCCUACGCAGCAGGCUUCAUUUUCACUACCUCGCUGCCACCCAUGCUGCUGGCUGGGGCCCGGGAGUCCAUCCACACCCUGAAGGGGGAGGAGGGCCGUGUGCUGCGCAGGAAACACCAGAGGAACGUCAAGCUGCUUCGUCAGAUGCUGAUGGACUCGGGCCUGCCCGUUGUCUACUGCCCCAGCCACAUCAUCCCUGUCCGUGUGGCGGACGCAGCCAAGAACACAGAGGUGUGUGACAUCAUGAUGUCUCGCUACUACAUCUAUGUGCAGGCCAUCAACUACCCCACUGUGGCUCAGGGAGAGGAGGUCCUCCGCAUCGCCCCCACCCCACACCACACUCCCCAGAUGAUGCAGUACUUUGUCGAACGUCUGGUGAAGGCCUGGAAUGAGGUGGGUCUGGAGCUAAAACCUCACUCGUCAGGGGAGUGUAACUUCUGCCAGCAGCCUCUCCACUUUGAGCUGAUGACUGAGAGAGAGCGGUCUUUCUUCACCGGCAUGAGUCACAUGAUAUCAGCCAGAGCCUAAAAGUGAAUUAUAUACCCCUUCCCCAUAUCAAAUCUCUAUUUAAGAUAUUUAUUCUCUUAUCAAUGUACAAUUCCAUCACCAUGUAUGAAAUAUCAUUAAUUAUAAAUAAAUGUUUGCGGAAAGUUA